GACGUCGAAUGGAGUGAGUGAGGACUCUUUUUGUCAGCUUCCAAUCUUUCUCACUGACAAAGUCACAUCUCUGUCGCCGGAGUUUCGGCACCAGCCGCCGUACUUUGACUCGCAGAUAUAUAUAUCAUUUAUGUAUAUAUACUCAUAAGCUCGUCAAAAAAAUCGCCAUAUACAGAGCACAUUAGCCCUAAAUCACGACUCAGUAAUUAUCGCCGAAAAAAAAAAUCGAAAUUCGCGAGAUUUAGGCGAUGGGAGACUCAUUGGAAAGGUUAGGAUCGGAGUCUUCGGGAAUGAAGGAUGAAUUGUCUAUGGAAAUCGAUCCUCCGUUCAAAGAAAACCUCGCUACUGCUGAGGAUUGGAGGAAGGCGCUGCAAAAGGUGGUACCGGCGGUGGUGGUACUCCGAACUACUGCUUGUCGAGCUUUUGAUACCGAAUCGGCAGGUGCAAGCUACGCUACGGGGUUUGUUGUCGAUAAGAGUCGGGGAAUUAUACUAACCAAUCGUCAUGUGGUUAAACCAGGUCCUGUAGUAGCUGAAGCUAUGUUUGUAAAUCGUGAAGAGAUUCCAGUCUAUCCAAUAUAUAGGGACCCGGUUCAUGAUUUUGGAUUUUUCCGUUAUGAUCCUGCUGCAAUACAAUUCCUGAGCUAUGAAGAGAUUCCCCUUGCUCCAGAUGCUGCUUGUGUUGGAUUGGAAGUUAGAGUUGUUGGUAAUGAUAGUGGAGAGAAGGUCUCUAUUUUGGCUGGUACCAUUGCUCGUCUUGAUAGGGAUGCUCCACAUUACAAAAAGGAUGGCUACAAUGAUUUCAAUACAUUCUACAUGCAGGCAGCUUCAGGUACUAAAGGUGGUUCAAGUGGGUCCCCAGUUGUUGAUUGGCAAGGACGAGCUGUUGCCUUAAAUGCUGGAAGCAAAUCUUCAAGUGCUUCAGCAUUCUUCUUACCUUUAGAACGAGUGGUUAGGGCUCUAAAUUUCUUACAAAAGGGAAAAGAUUCAUUUCAAGAUAAAUGGGAAGCUGUUACAAUACCACGUGGCACCCUUCAGACAACAUUUAUCCACAAAGGAUUUGAUGAGACUCGUAGACUCGGUCUUCAAAGUCAAACAGAGCAGUUAGUUCGCCUUGCAUCUCCUCUAUCUGAAACUGGAAUGCUCGUUGUUGAUUCUGUAGUACCUGGCGGGCCAGCUCAUAAAAAGUUAGAGCCAGGUGAUGUACUCAUCCGCAUGAACAACGAGGUAACUACUCAGUUUCUAAAAAUGGAAACUCUACUCGACAAUAGCGUUGACCAAAACGUUGACUUAGAACUCGAAAGAGGUGGGAAACCUUUGAAUGUGAAAUUAACAGUUGAAGAUUUACACUCGAUAACUCCAAACUAUUUCUUGGAAAUCAGUGGAGCUGUGAUACACCCACUUUCAUAUCAACAAGCUAGAAACUUUCGGUUCCAAUGUGGUCUUGUUUACGUCUCGGAACCUGGUUACAUGUUUUUUAGAGCUGGAGUCCCGAAGCAUGCCAUUAUAAAGAAGUUUGCAGGUGAAGAGAUUUUAAACCUUCAAGACUUUAUAAAUGUUGUAUCUAAGCUUUGUAAAGGAGGUAGGGUUCCAUUGGAAUAUAUAAGCUACACAGAUCGACAUAGGAGGAAGUCUGUUUUAGUUACUGUUGAUCGACAUGAGUGGUAUGCAUCCCCUCAGAUUUACACUCGUGAUGAUAAUUCUGGUCUAUGGAUUGGAAAGCAAGCUCUUCCUCAUGGAUGCAAUUUUUUAUCUUGUGGGACAAAAGUUAAUGGAGUUUUGGUUAAUGGUGUUAAAACUGAAGAUGGAUCUGACACUGGAGUAAAGAAACGGAGGGUAGGUGAAGAGCUAUCUGAUUAUAAUUUAAAUGAAGAACCUAAAAUUGAGAGUCAGGAAGAUGUAAAAGAUUCUCAAGGUACAAUUACAACAGCUGAUUUUGGUAAUGCUUCUGUUGCUGAGCGUGUGAUAGAGCCUACUCUUGUCAUGUUUGAGGUUUAUGUACCAUCAUCAUGUAUGCUAGACGGGGUCCACUCACAGCAUUUUUUUGGAACUGGUGUCAUCAUACAUCAUUCUGAAAACAUGGGAUUAGUUGCAGUUGACAAAAACACAGUCGCCAUAUCAGCAUCUGACAUCAUGCUGUCAUUUGCAGCCUUUCCUGUUGAAAUCCCUGGUGAAGUUGUCUUCCUCCACCCUGUUCACAACUAUGCUCUUGUGGCAUACGACCCUUCAGCAUUAGGGCCCACAGGAGCUUCUGUAGUCCAAGCUGCUCAACUUCUUCCUGAACCUGCAUUAAGACGUGGUGAAUCUGUAUACCUAGUGGGAUUAAGUAGAAGCUUACAAGCAACAUCUAGAAAAUCAGUUGUAACAAAUCCAUGUGCUGCUUUAAAUAUCAGCUCAGCAGAUUCUCCACGCUACAGAGCAACAAAUAUGGAAGUAAUCGAACUCGACACUGAUUUUGGGAGCAGUUUUUCGGGAGUGCUUACUGAUGAACAAGGAAGAGUGAAAGCCAUAUGGAGUAGCUUUUCAACUCAAGUGAAAUAUGGUAGCUCAUCUGAAGAUCAUCAGUUUGUUAGAGGUGUUCCGAUAUAUACAAUAAGCCAAAUACUCGAAAAGAUUAUAACCGGUGGAAAAGGACAAAAAGGACCUUGUCUUCUGAUUAAUGGGAUUAAAAGACCGAUGCCUUUGGUUAGAAUUUUGGAGGUGGAGCUUUACCCUACUUUGCUUUCUAAAGCUAGAAGCUUUGGGCUGAGUGAUGAUUGGAUCCAAAAUCUUGUGAAAAAAGAUCCUGUGAGGCGUCAAGUUUUACGGGUCAAAGGUUGUUUAGCAGGAUCUAAAGCCGAGAAUCUGUUAACACAAGGUGAUAUGUUGUUGGCUGUUAAUAAAAAAGCAGUUACGUGUUUUCGUGAUAUUGAAGACGCGUGUCAAGAAUUGGAUGAUGAGGUGGAAGGAAGACUUUUGUUGACUGUUUUUCGUCAGGGGUGUGAAAUGGAAAUUCUUGUGGGGACAGAUGUGAGAGACGGGAAUGGGACAACGCGUGUGAUUAAUUGGUGUGGAUGUUUCUUACAGGAUCCGCAUCCGGCUGUGCGUGCACUCGGGUUUUUGCCAGAUGAAGGACAUGGUGUGUAUGUGACAAGGUGGUCUCAUGGGAGUCCUGUGCAUAGAUAUGGGUUGUAUGCUCUUCAGUGGAUUGUUGAAGUUAAUGGGAAACCAACUCCUGAUUUGGAAGCCUUUGUGAAUGUAACAAAGGAAAUAGAAAAUGGGGAAUUUGUACGUGUGAAAACGGUGUAUUUGAAUGGGAAGCCACGGGUGCUGACAUUGAAACAGGACUUGCAUUAUUGGCCUACGUGGGAACUGAGGUUUAAUCCAGAAACUGCCAUGUGGCAGCAAAAGACGAUUAAAGCAUUACAAACUAUAAAAGAUGUUUGAAAGAAAUGUGGGUAUUUAUUUAUAGAUACAGAAAGGUGAAGAUUUUUGGGAGAAUGAUGUAUAUUGUGUUAGAUUAUGAUUUAUGAGGGGAUGAUAUACAUUAUACAAGGACCGGUGUUUGUUUUGGUGGUGGUAGUAGUGCUAGUUGUAGGUAGAUUGAAAUAUGUAGGAGUAUUGAAGUUUUUCAAAUAACUUAAUGUUUAUACUAUA